AAACAAACAAGAGCGUGUAAACAUUUGAAGAGGUUAUUAGAAUUGAGAUGGAGAACUUUCAUGUCCUAGUAGACAGGAUUUAUGGCAGUUUUAUUUUGGAAAUUCACUACGUUUUCAUCUUCACAGCUAUGACUACCACCUACCUUGAGGUUCCCCGCGCAACAGUGCUUUUAAAAAUGAAUGGGGACAGUGUUAGCAAGAGGUUGCAGAAAGAACUGAUGGAGUUGUUAACAUCUAAGGAUAAAAGUGUUACAGCAUUUCCAGAUGGUGAAAAUCUUACUCGUUGGCUUGCAUCUAUCCGUGGUCCUGAUGGCACAGUGUAUGAAGGUCAACAGUAUAAACUUUCACUUGAGUUUGGACCAAACUAUCCUUACAGUCCUCCGAAUGUACGGUUUGUUUCUAAGUGUUAUCAUCCUAACGUGGAUACUCGUGGAGUAAUAUGCUUGGAUAUUUUAAAAGAAAUGUGGUCUCCCCUAUUGACUGUAGAAAAUCUACUCUUAUCUAUACGAAGUCUACUAGCAGGUAUCUGAUUGUCAAGUUGUUAUCUCACAAGUACUUCUCGUUUUAUCCAACUGCUUCAUUCAAAAGAUACUGGGUAUUGAACACGCACACACACACAAAAACGACGAUUGGAGAAGAAUAACAUUGUACUAUUUCUCAUCAGCUGCUAACAAUCCAACAUUGUUAAGUACAUACUUUUUACUGUCAAAUGAAGUUAGUUCACAGGAAUCGAUAGGGUACAAUAAGGAAUAUAAAGAUGCUAAGAAGUUCCAAUUACAUUCUAAUUCUUUGGGAAUACAGUUCCAGCUUCAGUUAUAUCAUCACUACAGCCAGCCUCAGUGAAUUUAAGAAGGUUCUAAAUACUCUAUUUGUUGAUCAUGUUAAGGGAUUUUAAGUUAUAUACUGAAAGAACCUAAGGUAUAUAUACCCUUCUCUCUUUUCCUAAUGUAACUGGUACUGUAGAUUCACGUAAACUUGUGCACACAAUUAGAGGUGAUAUGGAACGUUUGACCUGUCGACGUUUGGUUCUAUCAAGGUGGAUCAACAUGCUUGUAGAAUAUGUAUUGUUCAGUGCUGUUUUCAGCCUCUGAAAUCAUCACUCUCAAAGUUGAGUUCAUGCUUACUGUAAUUAUCUUUAAUUGAUUGUCUUUAGAUGUAUUUGUGAACCUUUAGUGACUGAGUUGGCUUGCACAAGGAUUGCGCAUCCUCAGGCACCCCGUACCUCGACCAGCAGAGAUUGAAUUACGUUGGAAGAAAGCUAAGAAAGGCCAGACCAAUACGUAGUGCCAUUUUAUGACUUUUGGUCUGAGUCAGGUAGGAAAGUGUAGACUACCUGGCUGGAGUCUUUCAGACGAUAAAAAUCAAUGGGUGAGGACUCUUGGUGUGGUGAAAUGGCUAGAAAUCGGUCAUAAUGGUGCAGAUGUAUUCACUCGUUGACCUCUUCUAAAGCUUGACUAUUUUUACUAACCUUAAACUAUAAAUUCUUUCCCCUGUUAUAUCUCUUUGUUUACUUUCAUAUCAGUCUUUUUCUAUCUUCUUGUUCUUUGCAUAUGUCGUUCAUUAAAUUCCAUUUUAAGAGCAUAUUUAUGAUAGGCUUUCCUGUUGAAUUGGCUAUAUCUUCAUUACAAUUAUCCGAC